CCAGUUUGUCCGCACUUGUUCUUCCUUUUAAAUCUCCCUGAAUAGGAUGUGGAGUAUGUUUGCAGUUACUUCUAUGUCUGAGUCCAGUGCUUCAACUGGUAUAUUGUCAGGUCCUGCUGCUUUACCAUUCUUGAUUUGUCUGAUGAUCAGCCCGGUUUCGUCGAUCGUCGGUGGUGUGACGUGUGUAGAAAAGUCUGUGUGUGUUGCCUUGAUGUUCGGUGGAUUCAAUGGAGCUGGUCUAUUGAAGGGAUUUUCAGUGUUCUACCCAUCUGUUCCUUUGUUCUUCAGUCUUAGUGAUUGUUUCUCCGUCGUGUCAUAUAGUUGUUUCAUAGUUCCUUCCCUUGCAGCUUUCUCCUGUCGUUGCUAGCUCUUGCACAUGUUUCUGU